ACAUUCUCAUAUCCUCAAAUCAUCAAAAAUGGAGAAAACACAAGACAAACCCCACUGCCUAAUCCUACCAUACCCAAUCCAAGGCCACAUCAACCCAAUGCUCCAAUUCUCCAAACGCUUAGCCGCCAAAGGCAUCUCUAUCACCUUCGCCGCGUUAGAAAACGUCCUCACCGACGAAUUCUCCGCCUCCAUCUCCGUCGAGACCAUCUCCGACGGCUACACCGCCGCCACCAGAGCCACCGCUCUGCUGCCGGAGUAUCUACCCACCUUUCAAAAGGCCGGCUCCGAGUCUUUAGCCCAACUCAUCCAGAAGCUUCGGGAGAGGGGCCGGGCCGUCGACUGCGUCAUCUACGACACGUUCCUGCCGUGGGGCCUGGCCGUGGCCAGGAAUAUGGGGCUCUUUGGGGCGGCCUUCUUCACGCAGUCUUGCUCCGUCAAUAUUGUUUACUACACUUUGUUUAAAGGGUGGCUGGAGCCUCCGGGUUUGGAGGAGGUGGUGUUGCUUCCCGGGCUGCCGGAGUUGGGGGCUUCGGAUUUGCCAUCGUUUGUGCUUGAUCGGGAGACGCAUCCGGGCUCGUAUGAGCUGCUGGUGGAUCAGUUUGAAGGUGUGGAGGAUUCCAAUUUCGUGUUCGUUAACUCGGUUUAUGAGCUUGAGGAAGAGGCCACUGAUUGGCUGAAAAAAUUCAUGUCCGUGAAAACAAUUGGACCAACUAUACCUUCUAUGUACCUAGACAAAAGAUUGCAACACGACAAAAAUUAUGGCCUCAGUUUGUUCAAGCCAGACGACACUUGCAUGAAAUGGCUACAACAACAAUCACCUAAAUCAGUUAUCUACAUCUCCUUUGGUAGCAUGGCCAAAUUGGAAGAGCAACAAAUGGUAGAAUUGGCAACAACCCUAAAGCUAACCGGCAAACCCUUUCUAUGGGUGGUCCGGUCGUCAGAGGCCUCCAAGCUCCCCCAGGGUUUCAUGGACGAGGCCUCAGACCAGGGGCUAAUCGUGUCAUGGUGCCCACAACUAGAGGUCCUCGCCCACGAUGCCAUAGGGUGCUUCAUCACACACUGUGGAUGGAACUCGACUCUGGAGGCACUGAGCCUAGGGGUCCCCAUGGUGGGGGUCCCGUGGUGGAGUGACCAGGCUACGAAUGCUAAGUUUGUGAUGGAUGUUUGGAAAAUGGGAGUGAAAGCUUGUUCGGAUAAGGGAGGCGUUGUCGGGCAUGAGGAGCUGGUUCAUAGCGUGAAGUAUGUGAUGGAGGGAGAGAGAUCGGAAGAGAUGAGAUUAAAUGCAAUGAAAUGGAAGGAAUUGACAAAAGGAGCUGUGGAUGAGGGUGGAAGUUCGGAUAAAAAUAUUCAAGAAUUUGUGUCUACUUUGAUGGGAGGUGAAACCCUUCCACAAAAGUAAUUGGAUUCUUGAUUAUUGUAGUAUCUUUAUUAAAUAAUUUGGAGUUUGAUUAUUUUACA